UGUGCCUUGUUACCCCGUAAUGUUCUCUUCUGCCAAUUAGAGCGCGGGAGCAAAGUUGGUUGGUUUUGAUGGCUCGCUUGACUCUCGGUGCUGCAGUCCCUGGUGUAUCUCUGUGUUGCAGGCCCUGGUGUAGGGUCGUUCCCCAAGUCAUUCAGCUGAAGACCCGUUGAAGGCUGGGACAUUUUAGAGAUGAAUGGCAAAAAAUUGGAAACACCACCACCACAGCGUAAAUUUCCUGAAUGGAUGGUGUCUAUGCAGAAUAAAGGAUGUACUGAAGAGGAAAGAAAGGCAUAUAUUCAGAAGAGUGUUUUUGAAGAUGACCUCCCCUUCUUAGAAUUCACUGGAUCCAUUGUUUAUAGUUAUGAAGCUAGUGAUUGCUCUUUUCUAUCAGAAAAUAUUAGCGUAAAUCUGUCUGAUGGGGAAGUGGUAGGAUUUGACAUGGAAUGGCCACCCAUUAAUAGAAAAGGGAAACCAAGCAGAGUUGCACUAAUUCAGUUAUGUGUGUCUGAGAACAAAUGUUAUUUGUUUCACAUUUCUUCUAUGUCAGUUUUUCCCCAGGGAUUAAAACGAUUACUUGAAAAUACAGCAAUUAAAAAGGUGGGGGUAGGAAUUGAAGGAGAUCAAUGGAAACUUCUGCAUGACUUUGAUGUCAAGUUGACAAGUUUCGUGGAGUUGAAAGAUGUUGCCAAUGAAAAGCUGAAAUGUUCAGAGACCUGGAGCCUUAAUGGCCUGGUUAAACACCUCUUAUAUAAACAGCUUCUGAAAGACAAAGCUAUUCGCUGUAGCAACUGGAGUAACUUUCCCCUCUCUGAAGACCAGAAGCUGUAUGCAGCUACUGAUGCUUAUGCUGGACUCAUCAUUUAUAAAAAAUUAGAAAUCCUGGGUGGUGCCAUGCAAACAUUUGCUAGAAAUAAAGAGGAGAAAAUUCUACCUCUUGAAAUGAAGAAACAGUUGACUUCAAUCUCUGAAGAAGUGAUGGAUCUGGCUAAUCAUUUUCCUGACACUUGCAGAAAAUUAGAAAAUCCAGAGAGGGUUUCUAUUUUAUUGAAGAAUAUUUCAGAAAGUCUGUUUUCACUGAGGAAGAUUCUGUUUGGUCCUACAAAAAUCACCACCGAAGUGAGGCCCAGUAGUCAUUUUAAUGUAUCGUUGGAGGAUUCAACUGUUGGUAGAGAACAGCAGAAAGAAACUACAGAAAAAAUUCUUACUGAAGAUAAGGAUGAGACAUGGGAUACAUCACUGGAUAAUCUAGUUAAACAUGGUGGACAUGAUGUACUUGUAAAAGUGAAACAAGAAGAAGAGUUGGAAGAUGAAUUCGAAAAUAAUAAGUUGAAAGAAAACAUGGAAAGAACAUGCCAAAUGUCAUUAGAUAUUACAGAGUAUGAACUUCAAAUAUUGGAACAGCUGAAUGAGAAACCAACUCUCAGUGAUUUUUCCCACCAAUGCACUGAGCAUUCUUCAGUCAACAAUAAUGAACAUGAUUCAUCUUACAUAAUUGAAAGUGAUGAAGAUUUAGAAAUGGAGAUGCUGAAGUCUUUAGAAGAUUUAAACAGUAGCCCUGUAGAGUCAGUUCAUUCUCAGUGCUUAAAAAUGGAAAGAAAUUUGAGUUUUCCUACUGAAGAAGAUAAAAAUAAAGAUGAAGUUGAAGAAGGAAAAGAAGAACAAGAAGAAGAAGAUCAUUUUUUGCCAGAACCCAGUGCAACGCAAAUUAUUUGCCUCAAGACCUAUUUUGGCCAUUGCAGUUUUAAACCGGUCCAGUGGAAAGUUAUUUAUUCUGUAUUGGAAGAAAGAAGAGAUAAUGUUGUUGUCAUGGCAACUGGGUAUGGAAAGAGUUUGUGCUUCCAGUAUCCUCCUGUAUAUGUAGGCAAGAUUGGCAUUGUCAUCUCACCUCUUAUUUCUCUGAUGGAAGACCAAGUGCUCCAGCUUCAAAUGUCCAACAUUUCGGCCUGUUUCCUUGGAUCUGCACAAUCAAAAAAUGUUUUGGAAGAUAUCAAAUUAGGCAAGUACCGGAUUGUAUAUAUAACUCCAGAAUUCUGCUCAGGUAAUUUGGACCUGCUUCGGCAACUUGAGGCUAAGAUUGGUAUCUCGCUUAUUGCUGUGGAUGAGGCUCACUGUAUUUCUGAGUGGGGGCAUGAAUUUAGAAGUUCUUUCAGGUCAUUGGGCUCCCUGAAGGCAGCACUCCCAUUGGUUCCAGUAGUUGCACUCACAGCUACUGCCAGUUCUUCAAUUCGAGAAGAUAUAGUACGUUGUUUAAACCUGAAAAACCCACGGAUUACUUGUACUGGUUUUGAUCGACCAAAUCUGUAUUUAGAAGUGGGACGAAAAACAGGGAAUAUCCUUCAGGAUUUGAAGCCAUUUCUUGUAAAAAAGACAAGUUCUGCCUGGGAAUUUGAAGGUCCAACUAUCAUCUAUUGUCCUUCCAGAAAAAUGACAGAACAAAUUACUGCUGAACUUAGAAAACUGAAGUUAGCCUGUGGAACAUACCAUGCAGGCAUGGAUUUCAAAACGAGGAAGGAUAUUCAUCAUAAGUUCAUGAGAGAUGAAAUUCAGUGUGUUAUAGCUACUAUAGCUUUUGGACUGGGCAUUAAUAAGGCUGACAUUCGCAGAGUCAUUCAUUAUGGUGCUCCUAAGGAAAUGGAAUCCUAUUACCAGGAAAUUGGUAGAGCAGGCCGCGAUGGACUUCAAAGUUCUUGUCACUUACUCUGGACUCCAGCAGACUUUAACGUAACUAGGCACCACUUGUUUGAGAUACGUAACGAAAAGUUCCGACUGUAUAAAUUAAAGAUGAUGGCAAAAAUGGAAAAGUAUCUUCAUUCCAGCAAAUGUAGACGACAAAUCAUCUUGUCUCAUUUUGAGGACAAAAAACUAAGAAAGGCUUCCUUGGGCAUCAUGGGAACUGAAAAAUGCUGUGAUAAUUGCAGGUCCAGUUUAAGUCAUUGCUACACUGUUAAUGACUUGGAUGAGACAUCAAAGGACUUUGGUCGACAGGCAUUCCUGCUACUAUCUGCUGUAGACAUCUUAGAGGAAAAAUUUGGCAUUGGGGUUCCAAUUUUAUUUCUCCGAGGAUCUAGUUCUCAGCGUCUUGCAGAUAGAUACCGCUCUCACAAGCUUUUUGGCACUGGCAAGGAUGAAACAGAGAGUUGGUGGAAAGCCUUUUCCCGUCACCUUAUGACAGAAGGAUUCUUGGUAGAAGUUCCUGGGAGUAAUAAAUUUGUAAAGAUUUGCAUCCUUACAAAAAAGGGUAGAAAUUGGCUUGAUAAAGCCAAUAAAGGAUCUCCUCAGAGACUUAUUCUUGAACCUAAUGAAGAACUGUGUCCAAAGAAGUUUCUUCUGCCAAGUUGGAAAGCUUUGUCUUCAGGCACUGAACAGCAUUCCUCUAAUCAAAUACCAGUUGAAUUAACUGCAGAGAAGGUUGGAAAGCAGUCUAACUUGGAGAAGAUGUAUUCUUACAAAGCACUUGAAAAAAUUCCUUCUGGGAGUAACAUUUCUGAAAAAAGAAUCAUGAUGCAGUCACCGGGAAAAUGUGGCCAUCUUGCAGAACCAGCUCUUUCAGCUCAAGAACAAGAGGCUCAGACUGUGUUAUACGGCAAAUUGGUAGAAGCUAGACAGAAAUAUGCAAAUAAAAUGGAUGUUCCUCCAGCUAUUCUGGCAACAAAUAAGAUACUGUUGGAUAUGGCCAAAUUGAGACCAACUACUGUUGAAGAUGUAAAACAGAUCGAUGGUGUUUCUGAAGGAAAAGCUACUAUGCUGGCUCCACUGUUGGAAGUUGUCAAGCAUUUCUGCCAUGAAAAUAGUGCUAAGACAGACCUCUUUUCAAGUACAAAGCCUCAAGAAGAACAGGAAAAAAGUUCACUCUCACAGUCUGCAGCUGUCACAUAUUCUUUAUUCCAAGAAAAGAAGAUGUCUUUACACAGCAUAGCUGAGAACAGGAUUCUGCCUCUCACAGCAGUUGGUAUGCACUUAGCCCAGGCAGUGAAAGCUGGCUACCCCCUGGAUAUGGAGCGAGCAGGCCUGACUCCAGAGGUUCAGAAGAUUAUUGCUGAUGUUAUCCGAAACCCUCCCAUCAACUCAGAUAUGUACAAUAUAAAACUAAUUAGAAUGUUGGUUCCUGAAAACAUUGAUAUGUACCUUAUCCACAUGGCAAUUGAGAUCCUUGAGAAUGACCAUGACUGCAGACCUUCUUCAAGCCAGUCUUCCUGGGAUUCCAACAGAAAGCGAUGUUUCCCCAACUCUGAAGAGCCUUGUUCAAGUUCUAAAAGGAGCAAGGAAGUACUCAUGGAUACGAAGGUUGAUGAAACACAUCUUGAUAGCAUUUCACUGGAAGACAAAGGCCACAGUAAUUCAAUAAGACUAGCUUCUUGGACUCAGCCAUCCAGUGAUCCAGAAAUAGAAGAUUCAUUUUCACAUUCUCAUUCACAGACUUCAUCUGAGACCUCAAAGAGAAGAUUGCCUGACUGGUUUGCCAAAGGAAAUACGACCUUAGCUGUAUGCAACAAGAAAUCAACAACAAAAACAAAAAAGAAAGGUCUUUUUAGUUAAGAUGACAUUUAAAAAAAACAACUUGGCAUGUCUCACUGUAUGUUAAGAAGAGAGCUAUAAGUCAUUUCUGAAAAGAGUGAAGAGUAUUUUAGCUUAAAAAGUAUUCUGAUUUUAAAGUAAAACUCAUCUAUUUAGAGCAGGACUGGCAUUUUAAAUUAACCUACAUUUCAGAGUGGUGAGGCCUCCUGAUAACUUAAUAGAAUAGAAUGUUAAAUUUGAUUUCCUUUCAGAUCUCUUCCAGAAGCCGUACUAUCCUGUGAUCUUAUCUCUAUUUGUAACAAUUGCAUACUUGGAAAACGUAAAGUGUGGUGAUUUAAUAGAAAGAACAGAUUUGUAUUAUAUUGAUUUACAUAAAAGGGUCAUACCAAAAUGGUCUUGUAAUAUAAAACAGCUAUUUUAUGUUAUCCUUUCUAUCUUUUGAUGAAGCUUUGAUUUGCAUUAUUAUAUAAUAUUAGUUGACCAGAUUUAUGAAUGAAACAUUUGGGUUUCAUGUUAGUGGGGGAAAAGAACAUAUAAAAGAUUCCAGUUGCACUAGACAACUAUAUACUUUGUAUUUCAUGCUAUUUUUAUUAUUUUUCAGAUAAUAAAAAAUAAUGUACUCCAAACUAAAUAAAAAAAGUUAAAUAUUUUAAUCUCAUUUACUUAACUAAUGACUCCAGGUACCUUUAAUAUUUGAGAUGUCAGAAUUCAUUUCUAGUAUUACGUUUUACAAAUAACUUAAAUAUCUACAGCCGUACUCUGACACAUAGUGGGGUCAACUGUGGUUGUGGUUUAUAUAACUUUUAAGCAAUUAUAUAUACCAUACAGUGUAUAAUUUCAUUCCAAAGCCUCUGAUUAACUUUUAGUAAGUAAAAACAAUUGUUUUUGAUGAAGAAGGAAUACAUGCUUAUGGUAUUUAUGGUAGAAGAACUAAAAAAAACCCAGAAUAUUUUUUAAGGUCCACUAGAAGGUCAUCAGUCCACUCCUUCAGUGUGUCCUGCUAGACUUUCUAUGGUCACCUUGUUUCCUUAGUUUACAGGAAUAAUGCAUGAAUCCAUUUCCAUUAUAUAACAUUCAAACUAGACUAAAAACAUGAAAGUCCCUCAUCAUCUCAUUCAUUCGUAUCCAGCUACCAGAAGGUAGCUUGUGUUGAAUUUAUCAUAGCUCUCUAGUUGUGUCUUUGGCAUUUCUGUGCCUUUGUAUUUGUCUCUGAAGUGGCAAGUGUGUUCUGAAGCACUUCUGCAUGCUGGGGCAUGGUGGUCGUCGGGAAUAGCACUCCUCUGAAUAGCACUCCUCUGAUUGUUUAGUUAUAAAUUAAAUUGGAAUACCAUUUGUAGUGGUUAGCAAAUGCCAACCAUAGUGACUGACACUGUGGUGGUUAUUCACCCUUGGCUUUGGGUCAACAUUUUCUCAAGACUGAAUAAAUUCAGCUUUGCACUUGAAGAAAAGUAACAUGGUAUUUGUUGCCAAUGCUAAAAUUUAUAAUUUGCAGCAAUAUCUGUAAUUUUGGGGAACCUUGUGUCGUUCACUGAGAACUUCAGCCUCCUUUCACUGAAAAACUUUUCUGAUAUUUUGUAAAGAUUAUUUAGAACAUCUGUGUAAUUCAGUGAAUCAGUAUUUUCUGGAUGAAAAAUACAUGAUGUUACAUAACUAGGCAUAGAUAAAAAGAUCUGUUGGAUGUAAAAAAUGAACCAAUGGACUUUAAUAUAGCAGAGUUUGAAGAAGUUGAAGGUGUAGUUUCAGAUUACACACUGCAACUAAUCCCUAAGAGACAACACUUGUUCAGUUUUAGUAUACAUUCAAAGAAGACUGAUCACCAUUAUCUGGAAAGGCUGUUAAAAUAUUCUUCCCUUUUCCAUCGGUGCACCUGUGCACAUUCACAUUUCUUCCUGGAUUUUAGCCAAAACAAUAUGUCAAGGUAGGUUGAAUACAGAAGCAAAUCUAGAGUCUAGAAUUCUAGCUACUUCAGUUAAGGAGAUUUGCAAAAAUGAAACAAUGCCAUCUCUAUUGCUGUUUUAAAAUAUGAUCAUUUUGUAAAAAUCACACCCAUGGUACCAUGUGAUGGCAUUCCUACUGCUGUUCUUACACAAAUUAUUAAGUAUUUUCAAAUGUCU